UUGUAAUUCGACACACUUCAAAAUCUUAUGACAUGUAUCUUUUUUAUAUUUAAUUCAAAAUAGUUUAAUAAUUUUGCACUGAUUUUUACAAAGUUAUUUCUAAAUACAUGAUCAUACAAAUAUGACUACUCUUCCAAGUCAAGGGAUCAUAAAAGAUGCAUCUCUUCCUCUUCACAAAUUAUUAAACGAAUUCGAAAUUUUAAAAAUUAAAGAAGCUUUUGAGCGGGAAGAUGGAAGAAAACUGAACCGUGAGCAAUUAAAAGAAACUAUUGCUAGAGAAGCUAGUAUUAUUUAUUCAGAACCACGACAAUAUGAUGUUAUUUUUAGGAAAAUGGACUCCACAUGCAACGGAAUCGUGACUUGGGAUGAAUUCAUUUCCUAUUUAAUUUUAGGAUACGAACAAGAAGAGGUUAGCUUAAUAUUUAAGACUCUUGAUCCUCCUAUUCCUAUCUCACCGUUAAUCUUUAAGACCUACCAUCGUCACGCUGUAAAUAGAAUUACGUUUUUUCCUACUGUAAGACCUGAUAGAUCUACCAGCUGGAAUGAUGGAAGUAUAAUCUCCAGCAGUUCUGAUGGGUCGAUCAAUUAUUGGUCUUUGGACUUGCAAUUGGAACGUUCAGCCUACUCUACUUGCCCUUAUCUGAAUAUACAAUCAACUUAUGUGACCGAUAUGGUAGUACUUCCCGAUGUAAGCGUCAUUUGUACCAGCAGUACUGAAAGAGAUUUAAGAUUUUAUGAUACUUCUGCAAGAAAAUUUGAGUUAAGGGUGAUGAUUCUGUCUUUUCCUGAUGCCAUAUCAAGCAUGUAUUACACAUUUGAUAAGGAGGUAACUGUACCAUCCAAAUUGGUAGUCGGCGACAUUGCAGGCAACGUUAGAGUUUUUUUAAUAGAAUCGGAAGCUAGAGGACCAUUCAGAAGCCAACCUGGUUUACCCUUACGAGAAUCGCGUUAUUGGAAAGUAUUGAAAGGUGAUAUACCGGGCAUGAAAUUGAUAGACCUUAACGGUAUCCACACUGAUAUUGUGAGAGAAGUGUAUUACUAUUCAAAUUUGCACAGUGUGGUAUCAUGUGCUCAAUGUUACAAGGCAGUUCAAAUAACAGAUAUUCUAGAUACUAACAAAAUUUAUCCUUUUAAAAUUUACGGCGGAGUUUGGAGUUUUGCUGUAAAUGAAGAAACCCAUACGCUUGCAACUGGCGGACCAGACUGUCUAGUACGAUUAUGGAAUCCAUUUGUCCCAACUAGAGCCACUUGUACUUUUUACGGUCAUCAUAUGGGAAUAAUAUGCAUGAUUUUUCAAGAUAAUGGAGAAAAAUUGUACAGUUUAUCUAAAGAUAAGUGUAUAAAAGUAUGGGACGUUGCGGCUCAAGAGUUAAUACAAACAUAUUUAGAGUUGCCUACAAGUUUGGGAGAUAUUCUGACGAGUCUUUACAACCCAGAGAGCAGACAAUGGAUAAUUGCUAGCGUCAUCAUUGCUGUAAUACCUCUUGCUCCAAAACAGAGUUCAGAACACACCGAUGGGAGCACCCAUACUAGCGGAGUGUCCGUUGUUUUAUACAAUAAACUAUUUGAGUGUGUUGUAAGUUGUGGAUUGGAUAGUUAUAUUAUUGUUUGGGAUCCUUGGGAUGGAAGACGUCUUUUGGUUAUAAGAGAAGCACACACAGUCACCCUUCAUGGAGAAAUUCUACCUGUAGAAAUAACUUCAGCUACAUUUGACCCAGGUUGGCAAAGACUGCUGACAGGAGCCCACGAUGGAACAUUGAAAGUUUGGAAUUUCAACACAGGAACAUGUCUUAGAAAUUUAAAAAUAGAACCUUGGUGCGAAGUACAGUCCGUUGUUUGGGUAAAAGGGAGAAUCUUGGCAAUCGGCUGGAAUCGACGAGUUACAGAAUUUGCUGAUACUAAUGAAAUUGAUGGGCCCGGUGGAGCUUUUUGCAAAAAUUGGGAUCUUCGACAUUCGGAAGACAUUAGUUCAGCAGUAGUAAGGCAACCUGAAACUUUGGCUACCGGAUCGUAUGCCGGAGAAAUGAUUUUGUGGCGAUUAGAAACUGGACAACCCUAUAAGAAAUUUAACGUGCAACAUCCUACAGCUAGAAUUAAAUUAUUUUAUCAAGCCAAAUCAAAGGAGAAGCAACCUGAAGAUCAAGUAGUAGGUUAUGUAGGCAAACGUAUCAGUACAAUAUCUGGUGGUGGUAAAAGCAUUUCUUCAUAUACGGAAUCGCAAAUGGAAAGUCGUCGUACAGGCUCAGUGACAAAGGGUUUAAAAUUUCGAAGAGUUUCUUCAGUUGCUAUGCCUGAUGAAGUUCUAUCUCUAAAGAAAUUAGCAGUACAUACGAUGUUGUUCCUGAAUACUAGAAAAACUGGUGAUACUAAGAUUGGAACCUUGCUUGUUUCUCUUGAAAAUGGUGUUAUACAAGUUUGGAACCACUUGGACGCUGGAGGUUUCAUUACAUCGUUUUCAGCGAUACAUAAAGCUGGCGAUUAUGUGAUAUCAAUGGCAACUGAUGACAAUAAUGAAUUUUUAUUUAUGGGAACCACUGUUGGUUAUAUAAAAACUUGGCUCCUCAAAAAUUUCUGUGUUGCGGCAGAAGAUAUGGAGCACAUUUGUAUGCCCAAAUAUAGAUUGAAAUUUCCUUUUAUGUGGGGCGAUAGAAUUUUGGGUCGGGCGCGAAGAAUGACCAAAAAUCAACCAUUUCCAGUUCUGUUAAACAGCUAUAAAGGUCACUUUAUGCCAGUGGCCGGACUUGUAUAUAUUGACAAAAGUGAAAUUAUUAUAAGUUGCAGUGCCGAUUACAGUUGUCGUAUCUGGACCCUGGGAGGACGGUAUUUGCAAACUCUUGGUACUUUCAAAUCUUGGAAGCAAUUAAACCCAUGUGGACCUAUGGAUCCUGAAACUACUGCAUUUUCCAUUCCUCCAGAUAUCAGUAGAGUAGCAAGUUCUACAACACUAAGAGUCUUAUGCGGUGGAGCCUUCCCUAAACGUUUAACAAUUAAACAACUAAAGAAAGUCCAAGAAAAAGAGAUGGUUGAUGUUGAUUUCAGUAAAAUUUAUGGUACAUCACUUACCGAUCCAAUACUUGGUCAUUAUUAUGCUAUACCGAAAAGAUUUACGAAACCAAAAGAAAUUAAAUUCGAUACAUCGUUUCUUUAUGUUCCUGUAUAUCAACAUUUGAUUACGCCUUCUCCUGUGGAAGUAACAAGAACUAACAGAGAUACUGCAGAAGAAGAGCUUGAUUAAAACAUAUACAUAAUGGGAAAUUAUGCAUUAGGUUACAUUUUAAAUAAAUAUUUUCAAUUUCA